ACCAGUAACAGUCAGCUCUUCCCCUUUUUCUGUUGCUGUCUGUUACUGUGAAUAAAUACAGAGAACCAGAAUGUGUCUGUCGUGAAGUCAACCUGCUGGAUCAGAACGAACAAGAGGGGUUACAUAUAUACUAUAAGCCUAGUUGGAAUAAUUGCUGAUAUGAACCUUAUCAGUCCAAUUUAAGUGAAGAUAAGAACAUGGAGGCAUAGGUCAACCUGGUAAUAGGAUAUAAAUUCUUCACCAGAGCCUUAUUCUUGCUGUUGGAUUGAGAAAGACAUCCAGUGAACAUACAGAUGUCUGUGACUUGGUGGCAAACAUGAAGGAAUCCAAGCAACAUGCACCAUUCGAUGCAGACAACAAAGCAGACACUCCAGUCAGAUAUGACAUGAAAAAGGAAGAUGACACGAAAAAAGAAAAUAAACUGAGUGUUGGAUACUUUCAGCUGUUUCGAUUUGCCACCUGGGGAGACAAACUGAUGAUGGUGGUGGGCAGCUUGUGUGCCCUGAUCCAUGGCUCAGCUUCACCUCUCAUGCUCCUGGUGUACAGCAUAAUGACUAACACUUUUGUGGCUUAUGAGCUGGAGGUCCAAGAGCUCAAAGAUCCAAACAAGACCUGCAUAAACAGCACCAUCCAUUGGACCAAUGGCUCCAUACAUGAAGCAGCUGAUAACAGCACGGUUUCCUGUGGGGUGGAUAUUGAAGCACAGAUGACCAUGUUUGCAUAUUACUACGUUGGAAUCGGACUGGGUGUUCUGAUUGUUAGUUAUUUUCAGAUUGCUUUCUGGGUGUUAACAGCUUCAAGACAAACUCAGAGAAUCAGAAAAACUUAUUUCAGGAAGGUUAUGCAGAUGGAGAUUGGAUGGUUUGACUGUAACUCUGUAGGGGAACUGAACACAAGGAUUUCUGAUGAUAUCAACAAGAUCAACAAUGCUAUUGCCGAUCAGGUGUCUAUUUUUAUUGAGAGAGUCUCGACUUUUGUCUUUGGCUUCAUGGUUGGAUUCAUCGGCGGGUGGAAGCUUACUUUGGUCGUCAUAGCAGUCAGCCCUUUGAUUGGCAUAGCUGCUGGACUCAUGGCCAUGGCUGUAUCCAGGCUAACAGGAAGAGCGCUGACGGCCUACGCCAAGGCAGGAGCAGUGGCAGACGAGGUCCUGUCCUCUAUCAGGACAGUUGCAGCUUUCGGAGGCGAGGAAAAGGAAGCUGAAAGGUAUGACAAAAACCUAAUUGAAGCUCAGAACUGGGGUGUUAAAAAGGGCUCAAUCAUAGGAGUUUUUCAAGGAUACCUGUGGUGCAUCAUUUUCCUGUGUUACGCCCUGGCCUUUUGGUACGGGUCCAAACUAGUCAUUGACACCAAGGAGCUGACUCCGGGGGGCCUCAUUCAGAUUUUCUUCGGAGUGCUGAUGGCAGCCAUGAACCUCGGUCAGGCUUCGCCGUGUCUGGAGGCCUUUGCUUCAGGCCGUGCAGCAGCAAAAAUUAUUUUUGAAACGAUUGAUCGGGAACCAGAAAUUAAUUGUUUUUCAGAGAAUGGACAUAAAUUAGACAGAGUCAAGGGUGACCUCGAGUUCCGCAAUGUCACCUUCUUCUACCCAUCUCGACCUGACGUUAAGAUUUUAGAUAACCUGAGCAUUCAGAUCAAAGCAGGAGAAACGACUGCCUUCGUUGGAUCGAGUGGAUCUGGAAAAAGCACCGCAAUCCAGCUCAUUCAAAGAUUUUAUGAUCCAAAGGAAGGAACGGUGUCUUUAGAUGGGCAUGACAUCCGCACAUUAAACAUCCAGUGGCUCCGCUCUCUCAUUGGUAUUGUGGAGCAGGAGCCAGUGCUGUUUGCCACGACUAUUGCAGAGAAUAUACAGUAUGGACGACCUGGAGUAACCAUGGAAGAAAUCAUCCAGGCAGCAAAAGAUGCCAAUGCUUAUAACUUUAUAAUGACUCUCCCACAGACAUUUGACACACUGGUGGGUGAAGGUGGAGGCCAGAUGAGUGGAGGACAGAAGCAGAGGAUUGCAAUAGCUCGAGCUCUCAUCAGAAACCCUAAGAUCCUGCUGUUGGACAUGGCCACAUCAGCGUUAGAUAACGAGAGUGAAGCUGUAGUCCAAGAAGCUCUGGAUAAUGUACGAGCAGGAAGGACAACCAUCUCCAUAGCCCACCGUCUUUCCACUAUCAGAAACGCAGAUGUGAUUGCUGGAUUUGAGCACGGACGGGCUGUGGAGAAAGGAACACACACCGAAUUAAUGGAAAAACAAGGUGUCUACUUCACUCUUGUGACCCUGCAGAACCAAGGUUUAUCCAACACAAUUAAAGAUGCAAUCAGUGAGCCUAUUGAGGAUGACUUUGAUCCAAAAGUUGAGAGUUUUAGACGUGGAAGCUGCAGAUCCAGCAAAAGGAACUCUGUACGUCUGCGAUCUCAGAGCAAACUGUCAAGUGACUUUGUCCCAGAUGCAGUGUCAAGAAGCCUCAUGAUCUCUUCAAAUCUCCAGAUCAUGCCAGAAAAUAUGGCUGAAGAUGAUGCAGAAGAAAACAAAGAGUCAGCUCCAGUUGCACGCAUCCUGAAGUACAACCGACCAGAAUGGCCGUACAUGCUGCUGGGAUCACUGGGAGCUGCAGUUAAUGGCUCUGUUAACCCUAUCUAUGCAGUCCUGUUCAGCCAGAUUCUCGGGACUUUUUCCAUUCAGAACUUGGAUAAGCAGCGGGAAGAGAUCAACGGCAUCUGCGUUCUGUUUUGCAUUGUUGCUGUGAUCAGUUUCUUUUCACAGUUUCUGCAGGGAUAUGCUUUUGCUAAGUCUGGAGAGCUGCUGACUCGCCGUCUGAGGAAAGUGGGUUUCCAGGCCAUGCUGAAACAGGAAAUUGGCUGGUUUGAUGAUCCCAGGAACAGUCCUGGAGCUUUGACCACCAGACUGGCCACAGAUGCAUCAGUGGUCCAGGGGGCAACAGGAUCCCAGAUUGGCAUGAUCGUGAACUCACUGACCAGCAUUGGAGUCUCGUUCAUCAUUGCCUUCUACUUCAGUUGGAAGUUAACAUUGGUAAUCAUGUGCUUCCUGCCUCUUAUUGGGCUGUCUGGUGUAUUCCAAGCCAAAAUGCUGACAGGUUUUGCAAACGAAGAUAAAAAGUCUAUGGAAGCAGCAGGUCGGGUAUCCAGUGAGGCUCUUGGCAACAUCAGGACCAUAGCAGGUUUAGCCAAAGAGCACUCAUUUGUUGAAUCAUAUGAGCAAAAACUCGAGCUUCCUUAUAAAUCUGCCAAGAAUAGAGCCAACAUCUAUGGGCUCUGUUUUGGCUUUGCUCAGUGCGUCAUCUUCAUGGCAUAUGCGGCUUCGUUUAGAUAUGGAGGCUACCUGGUCAGAGCUGAAAAGUUACCAUAUAUGCUGGUGUUUAGAGUCAUCUCAGCCAUCGUGAUCAGCGGGACAGCACUAGGCAGAGCUUCCUCCUUCACUCCAGAUUAUGCCAAAGCCAAAAUCGCUGCUGCUCAGUUCUUUAAACUGUUGGACAGGGUUCCUAAAAUCAGCAUAAGCCACACAGAUGGACAGAAAUGGGAGAUGUUCAAAGGAGAAAUUGAGUUUCGUAAUUGCAAGUUUACGUAUCCAACAAGACCAGACAUUCAAGUGCUGAGCGGCCUGGUUGUUUCUGUAAAGCCUGGUCAGACUUUGGCUUUUGUUGGGAGCAGCGGCUGUGGGAAAAGCACCAGUGUCCAGUUACUGGAAAGGUUCUACGACCCAGAUGAAGGACAAGUGUUGAUUGAUGGUCACCAAUCCCGUGCCGUCAAUGUUCCCUUCUUGAGGUCUCAGAUUGGGAUUGUGUCCCAGGAACCGAUUUUAUUUGACUGCAGCAUAGCAGAGAACAUCCAAUACGGAGAUAACACUCGGGUUGUUGACAUGGAGGAGGUUGUAGAGGCUGCCAAGAAGGCCCAUCUUCACGACUUUGUGAUGUCUCUACCAGAUAAAUAUGAGACUCAGGUUGGUGCCCAGGGCUCACAGCUAUCAAGAGGACAGAAGCAACGCAUUGCCAUCGCCAGAGCCAUUGUCCGAAACCCCAGGAUCCUGCUGCUUGAUGAGGCUACCUCUGCUCUAGACACAGAAAGUGAACAGACUGUUCAGUCUGCUCUGGAUGAAGCAAGAAAAGGACGAACCUGUAUUGUCAUCGCUCACCGGCUCUCCACUAUCCAGACUGCCGACAUUAUAGCAGUGAUGUCCCAAGGAGCAGUUAUUGAACAAGGCACGCAUGAUCAACUCAUGGCCAAGAAGGGUGCCUAUUACAAAUUGGUCACAACAGGAGCCCCGAUCAGCUAGUCACAAGCACCAACAAACAGUAUUAAGAACAUUUGAUUAAAUAAAUCAGCCCGCCACUGUGAAACCACCAGUGCUGUGGUCAAUUCAUGUUAAAAAUUCAUAUGUAAGAAUCUGAAAUGGGAGUUAUUUGUCUGUUUAAAAAAAUUUGUUUUUUAUACCUUCAUAUCAUUAAAAAUAUUUUUUUUU